UCGGAACGGUUCAGUAACUACACAGCCGUAUGUUCUGUAUGCUUCAAUAAGCACAGAGAACAUUAGCGCAUGACUCUACUGAAGGACUUCUUUUCUUCAUAGCAAUCAAAGAAUAAGUAUUGAAAUGUUUGGUAUAUUUCACUUCUGUUGAGAAAUACUUGCAUAUUAGCAAACAAGCCUGAGCUGAGUGGUUGUUAAUAACAGCGGUGGACAGUCUGUGAGUUUUGUUCAUUAUAGACACAUCUGAGUCUGUAAGUAAUUCUGAUAAGAGACCAUAAGACUGAGAGCAGUGGUCAGUACUAGCAUUCAUGAAUAGUCCUGAUAUCAGCAGACACUACUCUGGGUAACAGAGGAAAGCAUUGACAGACGCAGACGGUAAGGAGGGCAGAGGGAAGCGGUGAUAAACAGUUCUGAUAUCAACCCUUCACAUAAGGAAUUAAAAUACAUUGAGAAGUUUGGUGCAUGUUCACUCGGGUCGAGAAAUACUGGCAUAUUAGUAAACAAGUCUGAUCCAACUAAAAGUGGACCGUCUAUGUGCUUUUGUGAUUUAUGGACACACUUGAGUGGUGUAAUUGACACUGAUAAAAGAACAUUGGACUAAGAGCAGUGGUCAAUAUUGACAUUUAUGAAGAGUGUUGGCAUCUGCGGACACUGCUAGAGUAAAGUAUUGAUAGUAGAAGAGAGUAAGGAGGGCAGAGAAAAAGUUGUGACGUUAAUGAACAGUCCUGGCAUCAAUUGCAAACAUAACCAGCUAAAGUGUAUGGGCGACCCUCUACCUCAGUGAAAAAACAAGAAUGUUCCAGUUCCCUUUCACCUGUUCAGCUGUGAUAACAGUGCUGUUGCUAAUCCUUACAAAAAUUCUGGCCGUUAACUCUAAUGAGGAAUUUGAUGAAGCCUACUACAAACGUUUGCCUCCUGGUUAUUCUUAUGGUUACCUUCAUACAUUUGAAGCAGAAAAAUUCUAUCAAAGACCAAGUCUACUGGAAUGUAGUGCCAUUGCUCUAAACAGCCAAUCACAAUACUUUACUUACAACAAAGUCAGCCAUGUUUGUAAGAAUUACUCACCGAAAAAUCUAAUGACAGUCGUCAGCACAAGUGACAGCAACGAGAUUUCCUUCUAUAGAAGUAGCCAGUGGAUAAGAGUAUAUGCCAUAUCAAUGGGAGCUGGUUCGAAAGUCUAUGAUUCAUUUCUGAAGAGAGGAAGUCCUUCAUCCUGGAAUGUGGACAAAUGCAUUGGUACCUUUUGUCCCAACUUCUUCCGACAUCCUUUGCUCGAUUUCUGGAACCAUCUUCCAAUUGAUGAGGUGAAACUGGUGAUUUAUAAAAACCAAACAAGUGUAGUUAAUAUCGUGUUUGAUGGACAAAGUUCAACCCUUGAAAACUGGUUCUCCCUUGGGAAGCUGAAGAGUUCUCCUUGGCCCGAUAUACCUCAAAGCCCUGUGUAUAUGUUCUCCAUGGCUGGAUUCCUAGGCAUACGUCGCUUCUAUAUUGCAUCCGAACAUUCAGGCUGUGAUACAGAUCGAGGUUGGUUGACUGUCAUCGAAAGUUACCAACGUUGCACAUGGCAGAUAUUUCCUAAUUAUCCUAGAAUAGUCUACUCUGAGGGAAAUUCGAGAAUCACAUGGUUUGAUGGAUAUGCAGAAGGUGAUUCCAUGGCCAUCUUCAUCCGCUUGAAAUCUAAUUAACCAAUCGAAAAAUCUCCUGUUGUUGACGUCCAUCUAUACAAGAUGACCACCACCACUGACCUAGUGUCAAAUAUUACAAGUUAAUAAAAACCUCACAAUAAUCA